AUGCUGAUUGGCAGUGGCUCUCCAGGGUUUCAGCUGAACGGCAUCCUCCUCCAGCUGCCUUUCGACUUUGGAAACGGGAAGAUCUAUGGCUACUAUAGUGGCUUCUCUGCCAUCAUCCAGACCGAUUUUGGCCUCUUUGUCUCUUAUGACUGGUCCUACUAUGUGUCGUUUUCUGUCCCCAAGUCCUAUUCUGGACUGCUCUGUGGACUCAGUGGAGACUUCAAUGGGAACCGGAGCGACGACUUCAAAAGCCCUGAUGGCACUGUGCUCUCGGAUGCUGUUGCUUUUAGCAAUAGCUGGAAGGAGGCCAGCUCACCUUUCCACUGCACAGUUGUUGGGUUUCCACCACACUGUGACGAAGACCUGCUAGACCGGUACUCCUCUGUGAGCUCCUGCGGAAUCAUUUGCAAUCCAGAUGGGCCAUUUAGACUCUGCAGUGACCACGAUAUGGCUCGGGUCCACUUUGAGAGCUGCGUGAAGGACAUGUGUGUCACGAAUGGCAGCAAUUUGUGUGAGGUCCUGGGCACAUACGCCCAGCAGUGCCAAAUUCACGGAGCCACCAUUCAGCCCUGGAGGGAGAUCACUGGGUGUGAGUUGCGCUGCCCUGCCAACAGCCACUAUGAGCUCUGUGGACCUUCCUGCCCUGCUUCUUGCGCCCACCCAGCUGUGCCCUCUCGUUGCCGGACUGGGUGUGUCGAAGGGUGUUUUUGCAACCCUGGCUUCGUGCUGAGUGGUACCGAGUGUGUGCCUCGCCAGCAGUGCGGCUGCAUUCAUGGCGGAAGAUACUACCUGACUGAGGAAACCUUCUGGCAAGGAGAAAACUGCAGUGGCUUUUGCCGCUGCGAUAGCACCACCCAUGCCGUCACGUGCACCCUCUCAUCCUGUGGUCCUGGAGAGUUCUGUGGCAUUCGCAAAGGCGUUUAUGGGUGCCACAAGCUGUUGGGUGGCACUUGUUGGGCUUCAGGGCAUCUCCACUACACAACAUUUGAUGGCCGGCAUUAUGACUUCUGGAACAGCUGCAAGUACAUAUUUGCAGAGCUGUGCACGGCAAACACAUCUUUACCCUUCUUCAGGGUUGAGGUUAAGAACAAGAAGCUGCACAACAGAUCUUUGUCUGUGACCUCAGAGGUGUUUGUGCAAGUGGGCACACAUCAAAUACACCUGCAGAAUAGACGCCGGGGAACCGUCAAGAUUAAUGGGAUAACUGCAAACCUUCCAGCCAACAUUAAUCAAGGAGAAGCUGUCAUUUAUCAGCAUGGAGUGUACACAACACUGAGAGCGAAGUUUGGCCUGGCAGUGAGCUUUGACCUAGCCCACAGCCUUUUUGUCACCAUCCCCGCUGAAUACAUGGGCCACACCUGCGGGCUUUGUGGGAACUUCAACGGAGCUGCCGCUGAUGACUUUAUGAUGCAAGAUGGCUCCUUGGGGAAGAAUGUCUCCUACUUCGCUGCGGGUUGGAAAUCUGAGACUGUGCCGGGCUGUGACGGUGGCUCUGCUGACCCCUACCCUCAGUGCCUGGAGCAGGAACAGAUCCUCCAGGCAAAAUGUGGAUGUUGGAUCAUCCAGAACCCUACUGGGCCCUUUGCUCCUUGUCGGUCUGAAAUUAGCCCUGAGCCCUAUCUGUCUGAUUGUAUAUUUGACCUCUGUGCCUCCCCAGGGGACAGCAGGGUCCUGUGCCAGUCCAUUCAGAAGUAUGCUGCAGCCUGCCAGAGAGAGAACCUGAGCAUCUUAGCUUGGAGGAAUGAUACUUUCUGCAAUCUCCAGUGCCCACAACACAGUCACUACAAGCUCUGUGGCAGUUCUUUGCAUCAGUUGUGCUUCGGGACCUGGCUCCAGAACGUCUCUGCCUCUGCUUGCUCCGAAGGGUGCUUCUGUGACGACGGUUACUAUUGGAAUGGCAAUGAGUGCGUCUUGCCUGAGCAGUGUGGCUGCAAGCAUGAUGGGCGCCACUACAAAGUUAGAGGCCAUAUCUGGCUGCCCGGCUGUGCUAAAAAAUGCAUCUGUGACCCCCAGGGCAAUUUCCGUUGUUUCACAGCUAAAUGCAACCGGGGCCAGCAGUGCGCCCUGAGGGACGGACAGUGGGGCUGCCGGAGUUUCCUGACCACCUGCGUUGUGACGGGAGACCCUCACUACUUCACCUUUGAUGGUGCAGUGGUGCACUUCCAGGGCAGCUGUGACUACGAGGUCUCUUACACUUGCAACUCUUCCUGGGAUUUCUCCUUCCGGGUUAUGGCUGCCAACAGGCAUUUCUGGAAACCCAGCGUAUCCUUUGUUUACCGAGUAGAAAUCUGGCUCCUCACCAGCCACUCAAGUUUCCACAUCGUCCUAGAGCGAGGCAAAGCUGCCCAUGUUAAUGGCAGAAGGACCCAGUUGCCAGCCCAUGUUGGAUCCAUUGCUCUGAUCUUCAGACUGAGGCACAUGGUGGUCGUAAGAACAAAAGCCAACUUAGAGAUCCAGUUCAAUGGGGCCAGCAGUUUGUUCAUCCGGGUGGGCCCAGAGUACCAGCAUCAGCUGUGCGGAAUAUGUGGAAAUUUCAAUGGUGAUGCCACUGAUGAUAAAGUCCUGCUCAGUGGAGAGAAAGAUCUGAGUGAUGCAGAGUUUGGGAAUGCCUGGAUAUCAAGCACCAGCCCCAAGUGGUGUCAGAACGACACUGGGCGUCUUCAUCCAUGUCCCAAACAACAUGUGUUUGAGCGGAAGUGUGCUAUCCUGAUCAGCGAUCCUGGGCCCUUCUCCGAGUGCCAUUGGCACAGAAGCCCCGACCCUUAUUAUGAGUCCUGUGUUUAUGACCUCUGCCAGUACGGACAGGCCAACCGCAUGCUAUGCGGAGCCAUUGAAGCCUAUGAUGAGAUGUGUACCAUUAUUGGUGUGAAGGUGACAAACUGGCGUUGGGAGAUUGGAUGCAGUUUUACCUGUCCGUUCAACCAGUAUUAUGACUUCUGUGGCCCAGCCUGCCCAGCCACUUGCGCCAACCUCAAUGCACCCUCCCGUUGCACAAAGCCCUGUGUGGCAGGCUGCUUCUGCCGAGAAGGCUAUGUUCUUCACUCCGGGGUGUGCGUGCCCAGGAGGAUGUGUGGCUGCAUGCUGGAUGGCCGCUAUUACCAGCUGGGAGAGGAAGUGACCCUGACAGACACUUGCAGCAAGAAAUGUUCCUGCAAGCAGCCUGCGCACCACAUGGAAUGCCAGGAACAUGCCUGCGGGCCUCUGGAAAUAUGCAAAGUUGUGGAUGAAAAACGGGGCUGUUACCCCAUGAAAAACGGCACCAUGUGGAUAUACAGCCAUUCUCGCUACAUCACAUAUGAUAAUCACGUUUAUGGUUUCCGAGGCGCCUGCAAAUACACCCUGACUACCUACUGUGGCCCCCCAGGAAAGCUUCCGGGUUUCACGAUCAAAGUGCUGAAUAUACACAAGGCCUCCCUCGCGGUGACGACAGUGAAGCAGUUGGAGCUCGAUAUCUAUGGGGAGCAAAUUAUUAUAGAAGCAGGACAGGAAGACAAAAUACAGGUAAAUGGGGAUCUGAUGAACCUGCCUGUCACCCUCGCAUCAGGGAAACUCAAUGCCUAUUGCAGUGUCUCUGGCCGCUUCGUCAUUGUUGAGACUGAUUUUGGCCUCUCUUUCUCCUAUGACUGGGUUUUCUACGUGUCUGUUUCUCUUCCCGAGACUUAUUCCGGCUCCCUUUGUGGCCUCGGUGGAGAUUUCAAUGGGAACCGCCUUGAUGACUUCAGGACCCCCAAUGGUACUCUGGUAAAGAAUGCUCAUGCGUUUGGAAACAGCUGGAUGCAUGCAAGCUCUCCGUUCUACUGCAGAGCAGUUGGGGCUCUGUCUGCGUGCAGCGAGACUGAAGUAGCCAGGUUCAGUUCGAAGGACCGCUGUGGAAUUAUAAGCGACGUGAACGGGCCGUUUAAACACUGUAACAGCCCAGAAGAUGCUCGGCUCCACUUGGAAAACUGUGUGAGGGACAUGUGCGCAAGCACAAGCAGCCGCAAGACUCUCUGCGAGUUGCUGCAGAGUUAUUCCCAGCAGUGCCAAGCUCGAGGCAUCAACAUUCAGUCAUGGAGAGAGAUUGCUGGAUGUGACUUUACCUGCCCAUCAAAUAGCCGUUAUGUACUCUGUGGUUCUCCCUGCCCUGCCUCUUGUGCUGAACUGGCUAUGCCCAAGAACUGCAGCUGGUCCGCAUGUGUCGAAGGAUGUCAGUGCAAUGCGGGGUUUGUGCUGAGUGGCAUCGAUUGUGUGCCUCUGGAGCAGUGUGGCUGCUUCUACAAGGGACAGUAUUACCUGAAAGGGGAAACCUUCUUCCAGAAAGGAGAAAACUGCCAAAAGAUGUAUCAGUGCAAUGGACCCCCCUAUGCCGUCAUUGCUGUUGAGUCCCUGUGCGGACCUGGACAAUUCUGCGGUACCCAGAAGGGGGUGUAUGGGUGUCAUCCAUUGUUGGAUGGUAUUUGUCAGGUUUCUGGGUUUUCCCACUACGUCACUUUUGAUGGGUGGCAUUAUAGCUUUCAGGGCACCUCCACAUACGUCUUGACUGAACUGUGUGGGGUGUCCAAGCCUUUACCAGCUUUUAAAGUUGAACUGAAGAAUGAGAAGCAGUCCAGCAGCCCAUUAUCUGCGGCAUCAGAGGUGUUUGUGCUAGUGAACCACACCCAGAUACAUCUGCAGAGCGGACACAGGGGCAGAGUCAAGAUGGAGUGCAGCUGA